GAUGUGAAUCCAACGUUAUGGACACAAAAAUGAUGACUUCAGAUUAUAUUUCCAAGUAUAUGAAUUUGUUGAGUAAGCAACUGCACAACGAUCAAAAAGCUUUGGCUCCCUUUAGGGUUUCUAUUUUAUGUUCUCAGCACAAUCAGAACAGUCAACUAGAUGAAAUCAAAUCUAUGUACACAGAAAAUUGUUGUCAAUAUUGUUUAACACCUUGGAAGUAUGGCAAUUUUGUUUUAAAAACUCUUCCAAAGCGAAAAUAUAAAAAUGGCAAAAUUCAUAAGAAACAUUCUACAGCAUUUAAUAUGAUAAUGAAAUGUUUGGUGUGUUUAAAUAAAACCCGUUCAGUGUAUAAGAAGAAUAAAAUAUCAAAUGAAAAAGCUACGGAAAAAUUGCCAAAAGUUUCAACUCUAAAUGAAAGCAUUGACAUAACAUCAAAAACCAAAGAAAAAGUUGAAACAAAGGUUGAAAAAAAACCAAAGAAAAAAAAGAGAACCUUGUAUGCUGGCUUAAACCCAUUAGUUUUUAAGAAUUUAAAUAAGAACAUACCAAAAAAAAAAAAAAACAUAACAAUGAACUUAUGAUAAUGA